GUCCUGGAGACACACAUGCUGGAGACUGGAGACCUGCAGAGAGUCAAAAACCAGCACAAGACCAGCAUGAAAAACAAGUAUGAGAAAUUAUUUGAGGGAAUUAAACUCCAAAAGAAUGAAACCCUACUGAACAGGAUCUACACACAGCUCUACAUCAUAGAGGGAGAGAGAGAAGGAGUGAAUGAAGAACAUGAGGUUUUACAGAUGGAGAAAACAGCCAGAACACAACACUCACAAGACACUCCAAUUGAUUGCAAUGACAUCUUUAAAGCAUCACCUGCACCAGGAUGUGUGGUGAAAGACCAAAUCAAGACUGUUCUUACUAAAGGCAUUGCUGGAAUUGGAAAAACCGUCUCUGUGCAGAAGUUCAUUCUGGACUGGGCCGAGGGAAAAGCCAAUCAGGAUGUAGAUUUCAUGUUUGUGCUUCCAUUUCGAGAGUUGAACUUGAUCCGGGAUCAACAGUACAGCUUUCACAAACUUCUGCUGGACUUUCAUCCUGAACUUCAAGAUCUGGACUCAAAAAUUUAUGAGGAGUGUAAAGUUGUGUUCAUCUUUGAUGGGCUGGAUGAAAGCAGAUUGACACCAAUGUUUUCGGAUGCUCCGAAAGUUUCUGAUGUGACUGAGACUUCAUCAGUGGGUGUAUUGAUGUCAAACCUCAUGAAAGGAGAUCUGCUUCCCUCUGCUCUCAUCUGGAUCACCUCCAGACCAGCAGCAGCCAAUGAGAUCCCUUCGGAAUACAUCAACCGUCUUACAGAAAUUCAGGGAUUCAGUGAGCCUCAGAAGGAGGAAUAUUUCAGGAAGAGAAUCAGUGAUGAACAUCAAGCCAGCAGAAUCAUCUCACACAUCAAAAGAGCGAGAAGCCUCCACAUCAUGUGCCAUGUACCUGUCUUCUGCUGGAUCUCAUCCACUGUGCUUCAGAAGCUCCUGAAAGAAGAUCUGAGUGCAAAAAUCCCUCAAACUCUGACUGAAAUGUACAUCCACUUCCUGCUGAAUCAGAUAAGCAUAAGGAACCAGAAGUAUGAAGAGAGAGAUCCAGAGAAACUCCUGCAGUCCAACAGAGAACUGAUUGUGAAACUCGCUGAAGUGGCUUUCAAACAGCUGAUGAAGGGUAAUGUGAUGUUCUAUGAGGAGGACCUGAGAGAGAGCGGCAUAGAUGUCACUGAUGCCUCAGUGUAUUCUGGGAUUUGCACUGAGAUAUUUAAAGAGGAAUCUGUCAUUCAUCAGAGGAAAGUCUACAGCUUCAUUCAUCUGAGCGUGCAGGAAUUUCUUGCUGCUCUCUUUGUGUUUUAUUCAUAUGUAGUCAAGAACAAGGAGCCAUUGCAGGUUUUUCUGAGGAAAAAGCAUAUGGGAGUACAGCCCGAUAAAUACAGUGUGAAUCUCUGUGAGCUUUUGAGAACAGCAGUAGACAAAGCCCUUGAGAGUGAGAAUGGACAUCUGGAUCUGUUCCUGCGGUUCCUGCUGGGAGUCUCACUGGAGUCCAAUCAGAGACUCUUACAGGAUCUACUGACACACACAGAAAACAGCUCAGAGAGCAUCAGUCAAACCAUUUCUUAUAUUAAAGACAAAAUUAAAGACAUGAGAACUGCUCCAUACAAUCUUUCCACUGGAAGAUCCAUCAAUCUGUUCCUCUGUCUGCUGGAAAUGAAAGAUCAGUCACUGACCAGAGAGAUUCAGGAGCUUGUGAAAUCAGACGAACACUCAAAAACUGAUGUCUCUCCUGCCCACUGCUCAACAAUUGCCUACAUGCUUCAGAUGUCAGAGGAGGUGCUGGAUGAGCUGGACCUCAAGAAAUACAACACAUCAGAUGUGGGUCGAAGAAGACUGAUACCAGCUGUGAUCAACUGCAGGAAAGCUGUUCUUGCUAGCUGUAAUCUCACUGGUCAAGAUUGUGAAAUGAUAUCAUCAGCUGUCCAAUCCUCAAACUCGGUCCUGAGAGAGCUGGACCUGAGUAACAAUGACCUGCAAGAUUCUGGUAUAAAUCUUCUUUCUGAUGCACUGAAGAGUCCGAACUGUCAGCUGAAAAUACUGAGAUUGGCUAUGUGUAAUCUCACUGGUCAGUCCUGUGAAACUGUGACAUCAGCUCUACAAUCCUCAAACUGUGUCCUGAGAGAGCUGGACCUGAAUAACAAUGAUCUGCAGGAUUCUGGAGUGAAGCUGCUCUCUGAUGGACUGAAGAGUCCAAAUUCUCAGCUGCAGACACUGAGCUUGUCAGGCUGUUUGGUGACAGAGGGAGGCUGUGGUUAUGUGUCUUCAGCUCUGAGUUCAAACCCCUCACACCUGAGAGUGCUGGAUCUGAGCUACAAUCACCCAGGAGAUUCUGGAGUCCAGCUGCUCAAUGACAAACUGACGGAUCCAAACUGCUUACUGCAAAAACUCAAUUUGAAGUGUGGUGGAGAGACCAGAAUAAGAGCAGGACUGGAAAAAUAUGCGUGUGAUCUCACACUGGAUCCAAACACUGCAAACAUUCAUCUCAUGCUGUCUGAGGACAACAGAAAGGCAACGCAUGUGGAUAAGGAACAGUCAUACCCUGAUUAUCCAUGCAGAUUUGAGCACUAUCCUCAGGUUUUGUGUAAAGAGAGUCUUACUGGACGCUGUUACUGGGAGGCUGAAUGGAGCGGGGGGGAGGCUGAUAUAUCAGUUGCAUAUAAAGGAAUCAGCAGGAAAGGAAGGAGAAAUGAAUGUGUUUUUGGUUACAAUGAAACAUCCUGGAGGUUGGAGUGCACUGAUGAUCAAUUCAUAUUCUGGCACAAGUUCAAGAGCACCAUCUUACGUGUCCCUUCACCCUUAUAUAAGAGAGUUGGCGUCUAUCUGGAUGUGUCGGCCGGCACUCUGUCCUUCUACAGUGUCUCUGACACACACACACUCACACACUUACACACAUUCAACACCACAUUCACUGAACCCCUCUAUGCUGGAUUUAGCCUGUCUAAAUGUUCAGUGUCUCUGUGUCAGAUUUAAUAGCCUCUAAUGAGGAACAUGUUUGCCACA